AUGCCUCGCAUUGUUUGCAACCCUGACGCCCCGUCGGGCCCGUGGACGGCAAAGACGCCCUGCCUCGUCUGCUAUGAAGCUCGCAAAGUCCGAGAACGCCCCAGCAUCCUCCGUCGACUCCUUUGCAGCACUCGCCGGCCCGACCCCAUGUUCCUCCCCUCCGUAUGUUCUGAAUGCGGCAGCGCCGGCAGCGUGACAUUCACCUUCAGCGAACCCAACUGGAAUCCGGAACACCGUGCAGACCGCCGCGUGGAAGAGUCCGUGGGGCCCACGAACGAGACCCGGGCAGACGACGUCUUUGGCCCGCCGACACCCAUGGGCAAGCCGGCGAGGAUGUGGGCCAGGUUCAAGCCGCUGGAAAACUACCCGCAGUUUGCGGCCCCCGACGCUCACGACCUGGCCUGGGCCAAGGCCAUCAGGAAGGCGCAGAAGCCGGAGCGGAGCGUCUCGGGUUUGCUGAAAAGGUUGCGGAGCAUGGCGGCCCCUCUCAUGCCCCCUCGCGGACCAACACCGCUGCCCUUGACUUACGAAGAGCGUCGGAGAAGAUCGCAGGAAAGGUGGCGCCUGGCCAAGAAGUUGAGACGGACCAGGAACGGAGCCAAGAAUCGAUCCACGUCAAAUGUGACCUUGCCGCGGAGUAUCCUCGAGUCUAUUCCGGAAGAGGAAGAGCCCGAAGAGGAAAGCCGGACCCUAGUUCGUCACCAGUUGAAGGGUGGGUAA